AUGCAACCACCCCAGCCCACCACAUCAGCCGCCCCCGACUUCUCCUGGCCCCACUCCAAACCCUUCUGGAUAAUUCUCAUCAUCGCCUCGUGUAUCCUUCUCUUCCGCAUUCUCUACAAAAUGCAUCAAACCUUGCAGGCUAGAAAGCGAGUACGGAGCUUGCAGAACAUUGGGUUGGAAGGGCGAAUGGACAUGGAAGGACGAAUGGACAUGGAACGGGGAACGGAUUUGCAAUCGGGAGGGGAAUGUAGAGUGCAGAGACCGGCUAGAGCGGUGACAGUGAUGCGGAGGAGAGAAAGUGGAGGGAGUGAGGUAUCGGCCUUACCGCUGUAUGAGCGGUUUGAGGAGGGAGGGGUGUGUGGGGGGGAUGUGAGGGUUGAGAAGAGGGGGCGGUAUGUGUAUGUUGUUGGAGGGGGUGUGAAGGAGUCUGAGUCCGAAGUGAGGGGGUAA